GUAACGUGUCAGGAUGCGGGCAUGACGGCUGCUGAGAACAGAGAAGAUGGAGAUGAUAAGAUGAGGUCAUCAAAGGAAGAUCAGGAAAAUGUAAUUCUGUAUUGAGACAACGCUGUACACUUUAUUACAAGGGACUAGACGUGUGGUGCUAUGGCACCUGACGAGUGUGGUGACGGAAAGGUGUCUGAUUCACCUGUGGACAUCAUCAAUUUCGUACAUGAAGUACAUUGCUUCUCAGCUCUUGUGGAACCAAUUGAGACAGUGUGGACCGGAAUCACAAAUAUCCGUAGAUGGAGGUCUCCCUAUGUAACCCUUGGUGUAUGGCUGCUUUGUAAUAUUGGAGGAGUGCUGCUGACUAAAGGUACUGUGUUUGUCUUGGUGGCCUUCAUGAUUUUCCUCCUCUCCGGGAUCAGUUUGUUUCACGUCCACACAAGAAUUCUUGACAAGAUUUUACCGAACACAGGUACAGACAUGGAGGAGGACCAGAGCUCAGGAGUGUACACUGCAACAGAAAAUAUGCAGUCCAUCAAAGAGUUCAGAGUAAGCCUAAUACAAAUGUAUGUGAUACUGGAAGACUUGAAUCAAAAGUUGAUCCGUUUCUACACUUUGCUGAAGUGGGAUGAUAUGAAACAGUCAUUGAGAUUUCAUGUUGGGAUCAGCUUGACUAUGCUUUGUCUUUGUGUCCUGCCGUCGCGCUGGAAUUUUCUACUUUUUACCAACUGGUUUUUACUGGGGGAUGAGAAAGUCCACAAAUAUUUGAGGAAAAAUGGUGUUGACAAACUCCAGGCAUUUAUACAAGAGAAAUGUGGUUUGGAUUUGUUAACUCAGAGUGCAUGUGUCAAAGAAGUAAAGGAAAAGAACAGGACCUUCACAGAGAAGGAGCCAUCUGAAUGUGAAGAGAAGCCAGGUGUGGAGGGUCAGUCAGAUGGAGAGUAUGAUGUUGGCAGUUCAGAGUCAGGCAAUGACUCUGACUCUAAGACAGAAUUUGUACCAAGUAAACCAGGGAUGGUAUCACGACUCUUAGAGUUCAAGCGACGGAAACAACAAAUGAUGACAGGGCAGUGUCAUGGGUGUAAAGCUUCCUUUGCUUCAAUAUUGAAAAGACGAUAUUGUUGUAUGCAGUGUGGAAACCACUUCUGUGCACGAUGCUGCUUUCAGAAAGUGCCACGUUCAGUAUUUGGUGCAACAGCUCCUGCAGCAAAGACAGAGACAGUACCUGUCUGUGGUUCCUGUUACACUCUUCUUGCAAAUAAGGAAGGAAAGGUUUGCUGAGUUAGCUGCAGGGAGAAGAUAAAGACAGGACAUCUGUGAUGUGAAUAAGAGUUUUAAUGUUAUUUAUGCCGGGUGGUGUCAUUGUGUGAUGUGAUAUCAUUACUCGGAAUAGUAGGCCUACAAUAUGGAAAAGUACAUACUGAGAAGAUGUAUGGUUGGAUGUUGUGAAGUGUAAAAAUAUAGAAAUUCCUCAUGCUCUGUCCCCCACUUUUUUCCUCUCUUUUCACAAAGUACCAUUCAGAAAAGAAAAAAAAAAACAACAAAAAACACAUGGGAUAGUGAGCUGAGGAUGCUAGAGCACAGCAUGAGCUUUUCACUUGCACAUGAAAAGCUAGAAACUGAAAUACAGUUGGGCCUGUGAGGAAAGUAUGUUUUCCUCUGAUGGAAAUUUGGUGUGGGUAUGUUAUUUUCUGUAUCAUGCUGUUUUAGAAAGAAGUGUAGUAUUCUGUACAAAGGACUUUUUAACUUCCUUAAAAGAAUAAUUUUUAUGAUUGGACGUUUUUAUAGGCUUUUUUGUUAAUUGUCAGAGCAAGAAAUGUCAAACUGGAGGUGUGUGUAUUUUUGAAGAUUUUAAUGUCUUUAUCAUUUAAAGGUUUCGAGGCCCAUUGAGUGCAUAAUCCAUAAUCACUGAUAUGGAGUUCCCAUGUAUAUGGUAAUUCAUGUACAACGGACUGAAAUAUCAUAUACUGAGUUUUACAAGUAUCUUCAUAGAUACUAGUUUAUCAUAAGAGUAAACGUAAGUUCUUAUUCGUGGAUCUUCAAUUUUAAAGGCUAUGUCAUUUCAAUCUCUUAAUAUUUUCCAUGUCAUUAGAUGUUUUACUUCUUCCUUCAGAGUUUUUGACCAUUUCUGUUUGCCCAGUGUAAUUCUUAAUAAUUUUUGAAAAUAAAACUCUCAUAUUAAGUGUA